UACCCUGCAAACCGGUAUAAAAGUUAUGUCUUCGGCAACUGCAGGCCAAAAGCUAGCAACGGUUUAUCAAUUGCAGUUUAUUAAUUUUGUCAAUAUUGUGAAAAAAUUUUAAUAAAAGUUAGAAAUGUCUUCUAUUGGUGAUACGGUGGGUUAUCUAAUUUUUGGUAAUCCAAUCAGCCAAGCGCUAUUUUCAACAGCAUCGGGUGUUGUUAAAAGCACACAAGGUCUUUUGGCAAAGAAAUUAACAACAGGAAAUGGUACUAUUCCUGCGCCGCCUCCAGCGCCUGUGCGUUUACCAUUAUGGGAUCUGGCAGGCUCGCAUUACAAUUUCAUACGUUUAGCUGGUUUAUGUGGGGCGAGUGCUGUGAUUAUGGGCGCCUACGGCAAGCAUAUAUUCUCCAAUGUUGGUAAUGUCGAUGAAAGAAAUGAGGCCAAAACCGUGUUUGAGACGGCAAAUCGCUUUCAUUUCUUGCAUUCAUUUUCGCUUUUGGCGAUGCCGUUGGUGCACAAACCGUUAUUGACCGGCUCAUUGAUGGCCGUGGGCACUGUACUCUUCAGCGGCGUCCUGUACUAUCGCGCCAUCACUGGCGAUCGUACUUACGUACCAGUGGCAACUUGUGGUGGCUUCUGCCUUAUCGUAGCUUGGCUAACGCUUAUCUUUUAAAACGGCUUUUGAGGGCGCUGAUGGAAUCUUCUAAAUACCAUAGAUUAAGAUGCUAUUGUGACCGAUACGAAAUUUGGUAAUUUUCAAAAAAUGCAAAGAAUGUACAUACAUACAUACAUAUAGUUUAACUAAUAUAUGCCCUAAUAAGUCAGUCAUCAAUCAGUGGGCAGUUUUUUCGGCAGCAAUUCGUUUUUUCCUAAAUUUUGUAUCGCUCAAAAAGGCAUUAUUAGCCAUAUUUCAUAAUUUGUUUUAU